AUGGUAAUUUUAGUUGGUUUGAUUGUUUUAAAGGCUCUUUUAUUUAUUGAGGUCAAUUGUAUUGAAACAACGAAAAUAAUUGGAAUUAAUGAAAUUUUAAAUGUAGGUCGUUAUUCACAAUUUUAUAGUGUUUCUGUUGUACAUUUUAAAGUACCAAACGAUAUACAGAAUGUAUCGUUUGUGUUCAUUGCAGACAUCGAGAAAAAAUCAAGUUUUUUAACAUUAGGUUGUUCAUCGCCUAAUAUUACCGUUUACAUGCAACAAGGCGCAUUACCUGUAAUAGCACCAGAUAAUUCGAAAUUUCCAUCUACUUUCGUACAAAUUGGUGGUCGAUCUGACAAAAUAUAUAGACAUUUUUUAGCAAACGGUACAAGAAAUUAUAUAAAUGUUACAUCACCCAUACCUGGUGAUUGGUUUGGUGUUAUAUUUCAAGAUUGGAUGCCGAAGAAAGAUGUCAAAAUAUCUGUACCAGAAAUGGCUAGAAAGUGUAAAUGUGUGCUAUCAAGCUAUGCGAUUGUUACAUUAAUAGAUAUUGAUACAAUAACAUCGAAUUCAAUUCCAGUUGAUCUAAAUCAAACGUUCAACAUUACAUUCGAAUCAAAUAAAUUAGUUUCAUUUGCAAUAAAUCCACAAUUAUAUCCAACACGUUAUAUUUUAUUCAAAUCAAAUUCGAAUGAGAGUACAAGUAUUAACUGUAAUUUUAAUCCUGAAAAGAAUGAAAAUCAAACAAUUGGGAAGAAUAACACCGAUGCGGAAAAAAAGAAGGAAACAAAUAUCACAAUUUAUUUACCAGAAAAACAAUUUGGUUGGCAAUUAUCAAGUAAACGUUUCAUAUACGAUCAAUAUGAUUUAAUAAAAUUAUCGUCAAGUAAAAUUUUAACAUUUGCAUAUAUAUUAAAGCCAAAUUUAGAAUUAAAAUCACCGAAAUUAGUAAAUUUAACAUCAUCAUUGACAGUUUUUAAAUUUUCUAUUAAUGAUCUAAGUGAAAUUGGUGGCACAUUAUAUUUAGGUUUUACGUUGAAUCCUUUACGUAAUAUAUCAUCGAUGCCAUAUUUAACUGUGAUAUGUUUACGUCGAAAUGCAAUUGAACUACCAUCGUUACCGAACAAAUGUGUUUACUUUAAUGAGGUAUACAACACAACACUUCUACUAAACAGUACAAGCCCAAUUGGGACUUACGAAAAUAUUCAUGUACCCUAUCCAGAAAUAGGUACAUGGUAUCUAUCAAUUGGAUUGUUUAAUUAUAGUCAACGAGUUGAAUGCGUAGAAUGCAUGAAUUUAUUUCAAACAUGCGUACAAUUUUGUGAAAAUAAUUAUUGUGCUUCGAAAUGUUUACAAUUAAUGAAUGAGACUUUACCAUAUAAUGAAUGUAAUCGAUGUAAUGUUACAUUAAAUUCAUGGAAUAAUGAACAAAGUCUAGAUUUGAAUGUAACAUCGUUUAAUGCAAGUGUGAUUUUCUCAAUAUCUGUAUCGCCAUGUUUAGAUGACUCGUGUGGUUCAAAUGGAGAUUGUCGUUUAAUGGCUGAGAAUAAUAUUAUCUUUUCAACGUGUGAUUGUAAUAAUGAUUUUAUCGGAUGGGAUUGUUCCGAUGAUUCACAAACAGUUAGCAAAUUAACAGCACUUAUAGGAUUGCUUUUAUUAACAUUAAGUAAUUUAGGAUUUCUUUUCAGUAUAUACGUAGCAAUAAAACGUACAUAUUAUACAGAAGCCUUAACAUACACAUUCUGUAUGUGUUUCUCGUUCAUGUAUCAUUUAUGUGACUCAGGUUAUGGUAUUUACACCUACUGUUUACUGCCAAUGAAUGUAUUAAAAUUUUGUGAUUUCUUUUGUGGCCUUCUAUCCAUAUGGGUAACAUUAAUUGCAAUGGCCGAUUUACGUACAGAAUUAAAGAGUGCUUGCCAUAUAGUUGGUGUAAUAUUAUUAAUAUUAGGUAUAUUAUAUAAUAUGGAAAGUAUAUUAGUAUUUGUAAUACCAGUUACAAUUGGAAUAUUUAUUUUCACAACUAGUUGGACCAUACAAUGUUAUCAUACACGACAUUUAUAUCCAAAUAAAAAUUAUUUACAGAAAUUUUUACCCAUUGGAAUUUUAUGUGUAUGUAUUGGCAUUAUUUGUUUUGGACUCUUAGAAACACAUUCAAAUUAUCAGUAUACGCAUAGUACCUGGCAUGUUUUAAUGGCGUUAAGUAUUGUUAUGAUAUUACCAAAACCUAGUGCCUUUAAAACAUAA